UUCCAGCAUGGAUCGGAGUGGUCCAUCCUCUUCACGUCGCGGGUACGAAGCGGCCCACACAUCUCACGGUCAUCCUUCCUUUCAGCACACCCCAGCACCGGAGUACACCAGGGGGUCAGCCGGAUCAGGGGUACCCACGUCGAGCACGGCACCACCACGUCCGCAGGUAUUCCAAACUCCGCCUUAUGUUCACCCCUCGCAGGGAGCAUCUGGGUCGGCACACUUCCCUUACAUGCCAACGGGGGACAACGUGUUGAACACACCAGCAUGGGGACUUCAUAUCACUCCGCGUGCGCCAGAGCAGGGCCACACACAGCACACAUACGAUGAGUACGGUUCGGCGUCGACGCAUCACGGAAUGCCUGCUUACUCCCCUCGCACAACAUUCAUUGAGGACUUCUUUUCCACUGAUCCUCCCCAGGGGGAAGUAGGGAUGGAUUACUGGCACGCAGCACCUCAGGUCACACAGCCGACGCAGGAGACGGAGGCCGGUCAGGGGCCAGACGUGACACCACAGCAGGCAGCUAGAGAUAGGCACCCCCCUGAUAAUUUGACAUAUCCCACUGAGCAGAUUAGGCGUAGGAAGAAGGGAGGACCUAGCAAGCGUGCGAAGGGCACUGAUCGUCCUUGACUUAUCUAUUUGUAUUAAACUUUUAGUCAUUUAUGUUCUGUCCGUACUAUUUGAGAAACACUUUACGAUUAACUUAGUACUAUCAGUACUAUUUCAUAAAUUUCUUCAGAUAAUUACUCAGUAGCAUACCCUUCGAAUGAAUCAUGACAAAUUAUCAUUCAAAUAUACAAAUAAUGAAACUAAAUAAUUCAAAUAUUUUAACCAACAAAUAAAUACUACAAUUUCUGACCAAACAUUAUCAAAACCCUAAAUCAUAUACAUAUAACAUUACAAAAAUAUUUUCCUUUCUUACACACUAAAAUAAAUUACAUAUUAUUAAAAAAAAUAACUUAUUACAAAUAAAUGGAGAACGCGA